AUGGCCUAUGAUCGCUAUGUAGCUAUCUACAAUCCACUCAUGUAUAAUGUUGCCUUGUCUCCUAAGGUGUGUUCCUAUCUAAUGCUUGGUUCAUAUUUGAUGGGGUUUUCUGGUGCCAUGAUCCACACAAGAUUCAUCCUGAGACUGACCUGUGAUGGGAACACCAUCAACCACUACUUCUGUGAUGUCCUCCCUUUGCUGCAGCUCUCCUGCACCAGCACCUAUGCCAAUGAGAUAGAGCUGUUCAUUGUAGCAGGAAAAGACAUCAUUGUGCCCACAGUUAAUAUCUUUACCUCUUACAGCUUCAUCCUCUCCAACAUCCUCAAAAUAAGAUCAACUGAAAGCAGGUCCAAAGCCUUCAGCACCUGCAGUUCCCAUAUGCUUGCUGUUUGUCUAUUCUUUGGAUCAGGUGCAUUCAUGUAUCUCAAACCUACCUCAGCUGUAUCUACGGAUGAGGGAAAAUUCUCUUCUAUUUUUUAUACCAUUGUGGUUCCCAUGAUGAACCCUUUAAUCUACAGCUUGAGGAACAAAGAUGUUAAAGUGGCUGUGAGAAAAACCUUGAGCAGGAGAAUGUAUUGA